AUGGGAUCACGAACAACUCCAUCUAGUACUGCUACUACACCAGAAUGUACCACCGCCAUACCCGGUCCCUAUGGCUAUGUUCCACCAUCUUCGUGUAACGCACUCUACCUCUACAACCCUUCCUUUACCGCAGCUGUCGCCUUCGCCGUUCUGUUCGGUCUCCUCACGAUCGUGCACAUCUUCCUUGCGAUCCUCCACCGAAAGAGCUUCUGCUGGGUGAUCAUCAUGGGCGCAAUCUGGGAACUAGCAUCCUUCAUCUUACGCACCCUCGGCACGCGAGACCAACAGAAUGAAGCAUACGCAACUGCAUCAACAUUGCUCUUCCUACUAGCGCCACUAUGGAUCAACGCAUUCGUGUACAUGACCGCUGGGCGACUGGUCUACUUCUUGCACCCCAAGAAGAGACUUUGGGGUAUUGAAGCAGUGAAGAUGGGUCGCUGGUUCGUGUGGCUUGAUAUUCUUAGUUUCAUCGUCCAGGCAGCCGGCGGAUUGAUGAUGAAUCAAGAGAAUGGGGCAAAAAUAAUCGAGAUAGGUAGGAAUGUGUACAUGAGCGGUGUGGGUGUACAGCAACUUUUCAUCUUGAUAUUCCUGGGGAUGAUCGUAAGGUUUCAUGUCGAUCUACUGAGCUUGGAGCGCGAUGGCCAAUUGUGCGAUGUAAAUAACAGAAGGAGAAGGGCUGCGCGAUGGAAGUGGCUGACAUAUACGUUGUAUGCCGUCCUUGGGCUCAUCACGAUACGUAUCGUCUUUCGUCUCGUCGAGUUCUCGGCUGGUAUCGAUGAGUCAGCGAAUGCACUCAUUGGGACCGAAGGCUAUGCGUUAGGACUGGACGCCAUUCCGAUGAUGCUAGCGCUUCUGCUGCUAGCGAUUGUUCAUCCGGGUCUUGUGCUGAAAGGGCCUGAUAGCGAAUUCUUAUCACGGAAGGAGAAAAGGUUGGAGAAGAAGGCAAGAAAAGCAAGGGACAAGUCCCCUGAUGCUCAUAUCCAACCGCGCGGAGCCUGA